AUGUUCGACAAGCCAAAAUAUCUUGGACUACGCACAAGAGACGGCAAAUUUGUCAUUGUCGAUUGUGAAACUGAUGAAAGACACGAAAUUUGUGAAUGGAGAGAACGAAUGGCAGUGUAUAUCAUUAAUGAAAAUGAUUCUGUAGUAAUUAGAGGUAUGGAAAGUUAUGAAAAUUAUUUAAAAUUUUUCAAAGCUGAACAAUUAUGAAAAUUUAGGUAAUGAUGAUGGAUAUGGAUGCCGAAUAUAUAGUGUAAAGAACAGACGAUUUGAAUUUUAUGAGCCCGAUGACGACCAUUGGUGUUUAUUUAAUUAUAAUACUCUUUUCAAUGAAAUUACGAAUUCGGUAAGAUAUUUUAAAAAAUUUUGUACUUUUUAUGUUUUUAAUUGCAUUUUUUAUAAAUGCGUAAUGAUAGUUUUUAAAUGAUUUAUUUAUUUACUUCCACAUUACCUCUGAAUAAUCCUAUUGCUAACCGACUGUCCGAUCGGACCUGCUGGUCCUAUUCCCCACCGCUCCAUAAAGUCCCAAAUAGAUAUGAGAAACGGGCCGGGCCCAGGGCCGGCCCGGUCCAAAAAAUUUUUUUUACGCGGAAGCGGGCAGGGCCCAACUCAUUUUUCAGGCCCGGCCCGAUCAAAAUUUUGCUCAAGGCCGGCCCGAUGGCAGACCCGGGCCGUUUCUCAUGUUUAGUCUCAAAUCCCGCUCUUUUUUUCGAGAGGGAGAGCCGUCGGUGGUUUAGCUGCCUGACAAGGGGAUAAUUUCGUCAGCACCAUUCCAAAUAAGGGGGGGGUAGAAAAAGUUGCAGACCGAUCCGACCGGUAGAAAAAAAAGCGCGGGAAAACAAAAUUCAAAUUCCGGACUAUCGCAUUAGGUCCGGUCCGGGAAGAACUCUGGAUGUAAGAAGCAAUUAUCAACAAAAAAAAUUUUGUUUUGAUUAUUCAAACGAAUUAACAUUUAAAUAAAAAAGAAUACCACUCAUUUACUCCGAAAAAGAAUCGAACCGACAUCGAAAGGGGGAUCGCAAUGUCACAGGUGCAAAACUUUGCGACAUACUGUCGCGUCGCGAUUAGAAUGGCGACGCGACAGCGUGUCGCGGCUGUUGCGACGCUCAAGCCACCACUGUGUUCAGUGGAAAGCUUGCGACAAGCUUCUUUUGACUGUCGCAAGUCCACUGACUCCUGCGACAACCGAGGGUGUCGCGGGGGAAUCUGCACGGUGCAGCGGAACAAAAAGGCCGUGAUUUUCCAGUUGUAAAAUUCUUUAGUGGAAUGACUGAUAUAACUUUUGAUGUAUAUACUUUUCAUUCUUACUUCAGACGAAAACCUUGAAUUCUUGUCCACGAAAAAAUCUCUCAUAAUUUUUUGCGUUCUCUAGUUUUUCUCUAACAUGUAAGGUCGACGGCAAUCAGACAAAAAGAAGGACCACACAAAAUUAUGAGAGCUUUUUUCGUGGACAAGAAUUCAAUGUUUUUGUCAAAAGUAAGAAUAAAAAGUAUAUACACCAAGGGUUAUAUCUUCAAAAUCUAAUGUUUCAUUUUUUAGUUUUUGGUUUAUAACAAACGAAUGAACCUUUGGCAGAUAAAAAAAGCAGAUCCAAAUCUUCAAUUAACUGAGCAAUGGUUUUCAUACAUUUUGGCAUACGCUGUGGCAUUACCAAAAUACCAGGUUAUAGAGACCUAUCAUAGACGUUUUUUCUUGAGCUUUGAAAGAGGUAAGUUAUACGACUUUGACACUUUUUCGUGAUGAUAUAAUAAAAAUGUAGAGUUUACUUCACUCUGAUUCUGCUGUAUUCUAAUUUUGCUUAUGAAUUACCUGAAGAUUAAAUAAUUCCUGUCUAUGUCUACACUAAUCUCUAAUUGAGCUGAACCUAAUCCAAUUCGAGUUCUAUACAAUCAUUACCCCACAUAUUAUUAAAGGUUUUAUUAACAUAUUUUCUACGCUAUACAAUUACAAUUUACGGUCGGUGAAAUGUAGAUGUAGUUAGAUUAUAUGAUGUUGAUGCCGACGAAUUGCAUUGAGGUACUGCGUGUAUGUUCCUGGAUUGUUCUAGUUCUUCCUCGUUGUUCACCGGAGCUAUCCUUGGUUUAUGAUGUUUCCCAUAAUUGGGCCUCCCCCCAGUUUUCACUGUUUACCGCAUCACUGGUUCGUGGGUGAGGUGCUUCAUAGGACUUAUGGCUUGUCUAUCAUACACCUGUGUUGGCCAAGUAUGGCUGGGGACUUAUAAUUCAAAUUUUUUUCUCAGUGAAAAUUAAAAAAUGGCACAGAAAAAUACAAAAUCCUGCGCCAUUUGAAAAAAUAUCGUUUGAAAGAGAGAGAGUCUUUUCUCUAGGGUCUCUCGUUUUAUUGUGCUCUCUUUUUCAAAAUGGCGCAGAAUUGUGUAUUUUCCUGCGCCAUUUUUUGGUUUUCACUGAGAAAAAAAUAUUUUUGAAAAAAAAAUGAAGUAUAAGUCUCCAGCCAUAAGUGAUGAUGGGCCUAGUCAACGUGCUCCCAACACUACCCAUUCCUCAAUGCGCCUGGGUUGGGCGGAGGCGGGGGCCGAACCAAGGUCCUUCCGACUAGCAAGUGGCGCCGUAACCACUGCGCUACCCUGCUGUGUUCUAAUUUUGCUUAUGCAUUGCCUGAAGCUUAAAUAAGUCCUGUCUAUGUCCACACUAAUCUCUAAUUGAGCUAAACCUAGUCCAAUUCGAGUCCUAUACAAUUAUUACCCCACAUAUUGCGUUAUGUUUACCCCGCCAAACCAGUUAUAAUUUAUAUUUAGACCGUGUUCGAGUGAAAGCGUUUAAUGCACCAUUCCAAAUGCUUGCUACAAGAAAUCAAAAUGGAAAAUUAAUUAUUUUCAACAAUCACCCAAUUUCAAAUUCAUCAAUGAUGUCAUAUCCAGUUCCAGUCGUAGAAUUAAGCGACUUUUGCAAUUGGUUUUCUCAAUUACAAAUGGCUAACCCAGUAAUUCCAUUAAUUAACGUUAAAACUGGUGUAACCGAACAUUUAAAUUAUUGUUCAACGAAUCAAGCAUAUGACUUUUUACAAAUAAAUAACAUUUAACUUUACCUUAUUUGACAUAGCGAAAUAAAUGUCAAAGCCUUGUUGUUCAUUUUAAAUUAUCAGUCUUUCCGGAAAAGAAAUAGAGGUCUGCACAGUGCAAUUCCUGAGAAAAUCACAGCCCAAUGCACAGUGCAAAUUCCUCCGCGAUCGUUUUCGACCCCAAGUGAUGAUUGAGAGUCUGCACAGUGCAAACCCCCAAUUGUCGCACCAUUCAAAUCGCGACAGCGUGUUGCAAAGCUUUGCACCUGCGACAUUGCGAUUCCUGUUGGGAUGUGUGGGUGCAAGCGACUGUCGCUGACCUUGUCGUUUGUCGCCCAAUUCUUGAUAUCAGUCUUUCCUUUUUGUCGCAACGCUCAAUACUCCAAUUUGUCCAAAAACAUAACACAAUCACAGAAAACGAUUCCAGAAGCCCAAAAACCUGAACGAACAAGAGCUCACGCAACUCAUCGAAGAAGUCAGAACCGUUGA